AUGGCUGCUUCGAGUUCACAAGCUAACGAUUAUACGGUUAGGGAGACAGACCCAACAACGCGAUUCGCAAGGUACGAAAUAUUCAUAGGAGAAGGCUCGUCAAAAAAAGUUUACAGGGGAUUGGAUAGGCGUUAUGGUACUGAAAUAGCUUGGAGUAAGGUGAGAUUACUACCAGGAAAAGAAGCGUCUAGGGAAAAUCUUGAGGAAUUAUGUGCCGAACCUGAAUUAUUGAGGUCUCUAGACCACGAAAACAUUACGAAAUGUUAUCAUUAUUGGAUUGAUGAUGACCAGAAAGUCGUCCACAUGAUUACUGAGUUUUGUUCUUCAGGAAAUCUGACAGACUAUAGCAGGGAACAUGUACCUGCUCUUGUGGGUAAUAUGGCGAUCAAGAUUUGGUGUAGACAGAUUUUAAGUGCGUUACAUUAUCUUCAUACUCAUAAUCCGCCUAUUACUCACCGUGAUAUUAAGUGUAGUAACAUAUUUGUUAAAGGUAACACGAGCACGAUUAAACUAGGAGACUUGGGAAUUGCAAAGAUUUUUGAAUCAGGGAGUACACCAGCGUUUCAGACUGAUAUAUUUUCGUUUGGGACUAGCUUAACGCAGAUGAUGAAUAAGGAAGUACAAAUCACAGAACUCAGCAGCGACAAUGAUCUGGUUGACAUCGGUUUCAAGCCUGUUGGGUUACUCAGUGUGACUGAUCCUCAAAUGAAGCAGUUGAUUGAUAAGUGUAUUGACUUUGCACCUGAUAUUGUUAGACCAUCAGCAUUGGACCUUCUGAAUGACCCAUUGCUUGCAGUCGAUGUUGCUGACACAUCGACUGCAAGUACUUGUGCUGGUAGUCUGUCUCUGAAUGAAUCUGUGCAAGAUCAGGUGGCUGGACUACUACUGCAGCCUACAGAAGUACUGAUGGAAUUUGACAGCGGAUAUAAGAAAUUCUGGUUACAGGGGAAAAUGUCAGAGGAUGUAUCGAUAUCUAUUACUUUGAGGAUUAUUAUUGAUGGCCUUGAUAUGGUUAGAAUGAUAAGUUUUGAGUUCUUGCUCGGAGUUGAUACAAUUCCUGAUAUCAUGGAGAACAUUCGACGAGAAAUUGACUCGUCUGCUAAAGUAAUCGCGCUGGUUUCUAAGAAUAUGGAACAACUCAUAACAGAAUUUCCGUAUGAACAUUGUGACAGUAACACACCUUCAACUGUUGCUGUGGAAGAUUGGUGUCUGCAGGAUUUAUUUUCCGAGGAAACGUUUAGUGAUGAUGCUCCAAGAGCACAUGAGAAAUCAAAUUAUGCUCCUCCAAGUGGAAAUGAGAGACGACCGAAUGAUGCUACACCUAGAACUUCCUCAAAUAGAAGCCAUCACAACGAGGAUGCAGAGCAACAGCAGUCGCAGCAUGGAAGGUCUGAGGAUAAUCGAAGAAGAGGCAACUGGAAGCUGUCAUUAUGUUCUUGGUGUGCCAAAUUCUGA